AUGCCUAUCGAAGAAUUUCAAUCGGGGACGUCAGCUGUCCCUGGAAUGCACCAGAUACACUGUCAACGUAAAAUACUUCACUUAUCAUGGCAUCCAAAGAAAUUCCUUACAGUAGCUCUAUCGGGUAAUCAGAUGUUUCUUGUUUCAGGUCAGCCGACAUUCAGUGGUACAUUGCCUUCACAGAAGGAUUCGAGUCAUUGCUCUUCCUGUUUAUCUAAGUCAACUGACGAUGAGAACAACAUAUCUAGUGGACAAUGUGAAGCGAGAUCCACACCUAUAAGAGAUAAAGCAACUUCUAUUUCAUUCAAAAGUUCAAACGUGAAAGCUGCUAAACGUCGUCGCCGACGUUAUCAUCAACCAGAUGGUUCAAAUUUGGUCAAUGCUUUCCCCAACUUAACUGAUAGGAGAGAGAAUCAAAUUUCUGAUAUUGAUGUCCUUCCUGAUGGUUCUGUGGUUCGCGGAAUGGAUUACACAACGAAUUAUGAAGCUGACCACGAAGAUAAUUAUGAUGAGCGACAUACCUCUGAAACACAACUAGAUUCUAUAAGCUCUGAUCCGAAAAGUGAAAGCGUCCCAUGUAUAAAUUCCUUAUUUCCGUUAUCAAGAGAAACAUUCUCAACUAAUUUGAACGAUGUUUUACAGUGAUCAUGUUUUUCUUAUCAUUUUGAUUGUCUUCCUUACCAUGUCUCCAAUUUUUGCCUGACUUCAUCUCAGGGUUGACAUAUUUCCAUUAUCAAUUUCUAAAUCAUCAAAGGUGUCGUUGUUAAUGCUGAAAGAGUAUUUCAUAUAUUUUGGGAUAAAUGCACAAUAGUACAUGCAUAAUAACAUACGCACACACACGUAGGCGGGCAGAGAGACAUGAGUUCAGAUAUUCAUAAUCUCUUCCCUGUAAGAAUGCUGACUCACAAUAUCAUGUUGCACACUGCUAUUUUAUAGUCUUCUAUUAAGAAAUAUAUUUCCUACCCAUCAUUUCCCUUUGCAAUGUCUAUUCAUUCUGAGCUUGAUUGUGUUUCAUCCGCAUAAGAUAUGCGUGCCUUUACAGUACAAAUUAUUGUAAAUGAACUCGAAGAAUUGUAAAUGACUAACUGGAAAUCUUUUCCCUAGGUUGUAUUCCAUUUCAAAAGUAUAACGUUGUAUAUUUUUCGUGCAUUUCUAAUUUAGCAUAAAUUAUACAACAUGAA